AUGAAAAAUAGAACGCUCUCGGGGGCCCUUGGCCUCCUUUGCUUCGCCCUCCACGCCGCCCCGCUGUCUGCACCAGCAGCAGCAGCAGCAGCAAGUGCAGCAGCACCCCAACGCGCACCAGCAGGGGGCCCCGAGCUGCACCCGGGGCCCCCGCGGGAUCUUGAUAGUCUUUUUGAGCUUCUUGCUGCUGCUCUCGACUCUGCAGCAGCAGCAGACGCGCAGACAGCCGCCGACAAGCAGCAGCACUCCGAACUAGCUGCAGCAGCAGCAGCAGCAGCAGCAGCAGCAGCGCAGACUGAAGAACCGGAGGACCCUUCGGCUCCCGAGGGCUACUCACAGGUGGUGGGGCCUCCUGGGGGCCCCCCCGGGGCUUUUCCUGAGGCAGCCCCGGGGGGGCCCCUCGAGGGGCCCCCCCAGGGGCCCCCCGGGGGCCCCCCUAAGGGGCCCUUUGUAGAUGAGCCACUUAUAAGUCCGUCGUUUUAUUACCCUCUGUAUGAGCCUCCUAAUGGUGGGGAAGUGCAGCUGCUGCUCAAGGGGCCCCCCGGGCCCGGGGGGCCCCCCGAGGGGGGCAGGUGGGGCCCCCCAGGGGCCCCCGAGAGCCCCACAGGGGGGCCCCUGCAGCAGGGGGCCCCCUCGCAGGCGCAGCAGCAGGGGGGGGCCCCCAAGGAGGAGACAGCCACAGUGACGGAGACAGAUGAAGAAACAGAAACUGAGACAGAAGCAGCAGAAAUCGCCAGCACAGACUCCCACACUGGCCCCCCCCCGCAGGGGCCCCCCAGGGGCCCCCAGGGGGCCCCCAGGGGCCCCCAGGGGGCCCCCAGGGGCCCCCAGGGGACCUCCGUGGGGGUCCCCCAGGGAGCCCGUCCCCAGGGCCCCGAGUGCCCCAGGGAGGGGGCCCCCAGCGCUGCUGCAGCAAGACCCCCAGCUGGGGGGCCCCACUCUGCUGCUUCUUUAGGUUCUCUUGCUGCUGCUGCAGCUGCUGAAGGGGCCCCUCCCCCGUCCCCUUCUGCAGCAGGGGAAGACCAAACAGCAGCAGCAGCAGCAGCAGCAGCAGCAGCAGAAAGCAUGCCUCGCACUGCUGCUGGAGAAGAGGCGUUGGCGGCUUCCGCCGCAGCCCCUGCGCUAGGAGGGGCCCCGGGGGCCCCCCGGGGGGCCCCCAGGGCCCCUGCAGCAGGGGCCCCCAGAGGGGCCCCAGGGGCCCCUGCAGCAGGGGCCCCUGGGGGGAGCCCGAGGCCACCGCGGGGGCCCCCCUCUGCUUCUCCAGGCAAACCGGAGAGGGUAUCGGAGACAGGAGUACCCAAUGGGGCCCCCAGCUCAAGGAGGGGGCCCCCCAAAGCUGCUGCUUAUGGGGCCCAGGGGGCCCCCCCCGCAGGGGCCCCCACUUCGGGGUGGGGGCCCUCCAAAGGGGGCCCUUCAAGCGCUGCCUCUGGGGCCCCCAAGUCCCCGGGGGCCCCUAGGGCCCCUGGGGCCCCUAGGGCCCCUGGGGCCCCUAGGGCCCCUAGGGCCCCCGGGUCCCCUAGGGCCCCUAGGUCCCCUAGGGCCCCGGGGGCCCCUGGGGCCUCUGGGGCCCCGGGGGCCCCUGGGGCCCCGGGGACCCCUGGGGCCCCGGGGGCCCCUGGGGCUCUGGGGUCCCCCAAGACUCCAGGGGCCCCCAAGGUCCCUGGGGCCCCCGGGGCCGUUGUGUCCCGCGGGGCCCCUGGGGCUGUGGGCCCCCCGAGGGGCCCCCCCGGGGGCCCCCAGGAGGCGAUGGUACCCUUUGGGAGCUCGGGGGCCCCCUUCAUAGACUUGAGGGGCCCCCUGCCCCGCUGCAGAUUAGGGUUUAGUGUUGUGUCUCCCCUUCGGAGUGGGACAGAGGUAUAUUCGCUGCAGCAGCUGCUGCAGGGCCAGCGGGGGGCCCCCCGGGGGCCUCCCGGGGGGCCCCCCUUGGGGCCCCUGGGGGGGCCCCUGUUGGGGGCCCCCGAGUCCGUCUCAGUCGCGGUGUCCUGCUCCCCCCGGACGCAGAAAAUGUACGUGAACCUGGCGAAGACCCGCAGCAGCAGCAGCAGCAGCAGCAGCAGCAGCAGCAGCAGCAGCAGCGGGGGCCGCAGGCUGUGGGGGCUGGUGGGGGCCGCGUGGCAGUCGCUGCUGCAGCUGACGGGCUUUGGAGAGUCUCCAGAAGCAAAAGAGAAAAAUUCGGAGGAGACAAAAGUGCUGCUGCAGUUGGAGACAGAGCUGCCUGCUGCAUGCGAGUGUUCCCGCGCAGCAGCAGCAGCAGCAGCGCCUGUUUUCGCGGUCAAAAGAGCAGCAGCAGCAGCAGCAGCAGCAGCAGCAGCAGCAGCAGCAGCGGAGGCGGACCUGCUGCUGCUGCUGCGCUGCUCGCCCCCCCUCGCCCUCGAGUUCCCGCUGCAGCAGGGGGGCCCCCUCUGCCCCCUUCCUGCUGCGCUGCAGCAGCAGCCAGGGGGGCCCCCGCAGCAAGCAGCAGAAGUCCUCCAAGUGGGCCCCUGUCUCUUCCGAGUUGCUGCUGCUGCUUUUGUCUCCGUCGUUGCUUCCAAAGACUCCUUCUCAGUCACAGCCCUUGUGGGGCCCCAGGAGCAAAUCACUGUCACCCAGCACCUGGGGGCCUCCCAGGGGGCCCCCCAGGGGGGCCCCCCGGGGGGCCCCCCCGAGGGCCCCCAGGGGGGCCCCCAGGGGGGCCCCCAGCGGGGGGGCCCCCACGGGGGGCCCCCGGGGGGCCCCCUGGACUGCCGCAUGCGAGACCCUAGGGCCCUGAUGUUGUUUAAAGUGCCCUCUUUGUUCUUUCCAGUGGCAGUAGACCCCACAGAAUCUGAAGUUAAAAAACUUGAUAAAACUCCCCUUAAGGGAGAGGCCCUUUACAUCUACACGGGGGCAGCAGCGGGCCUCUCGGGGGCCCCCAGGGGGCCCCCCAAGCCCCAGGAGGGGGGCCAGCAGCAGCAGCAGCAGCAGCAGCAGCAGCAGAGGCAGCCGCAGCAGCAGCAGCAGAAACAGGAGCAGCAGCAGCGGCCGCAGCAGCAGCAGCAGCAGCAGCAGCAGCAGCAGCAGCAGCAGCAGCAGCAAGGGGGCGACCAGGGGCCCCCCAAGGGUAACAAACCCAACAAAAGACAAAAGGGGCCCCCAGGGGACAGAGUCCACUUUAAACAACUUUCGCUGAAAGAUUUCCAGGCACUAGAACAGGACCCUGCAGAAGGACUUGCACAGGAUGAUGACUAA